ACGGGAUCCCGAAUGAAUAUGGCGACUUGUGCCGACAUCCUGCGGAGCGAGUUCCCAGAAAUUGACGGGCAGGUCUUCGACUACGUGACCGGCGUCUUGCACAGCGGCAGCGCGGACUUCGAGUCUGUGGACGACCUGGUGGAAGCUGUCGGCGAACUAUUGCAAGAAGUGUCCGGGGACAGCAAGGAUGACGCGGGCAUCAGGGCUGUCUGUCAGCGCAUGUACAACACUCUACGCCUGGCUGAGCCACAGAACCAGGGAAACAGCCAGGUGCUACUGGACGCCCCCAUCCAGUUGUCAAAGAUAAUGGAAAACUACGACUGUGACACCAAACUUCCAGGACUGCUAAAGAGGGAACAGUCCUCGACAGUGAAUGCGAAGAAACUCGAGAAGGCUGAAGCCCGACUGAAGGCAAAGCAGGAGAAGCGCUCAGAGAAGGAAACUCUGAAGACCAGCAGCCCUCUAGUCUUGGAGGAGGCAUCCGCUAGCCAGGCAGGCAGCAGAAAAGAGAGUCGGAUGGAAUCAUCUGGCAAGAACAAAUCCUAUGAUGUGCGAAUUGAGAACUUCGAUGUGUCCUUUGGGGAUAGGGUGCUGCUGACUGGAGCAGAUGUGAACUUGGCAUGGGGCCGACGCUAUGGGCUGGUGGGACGCAAUGGUCUGGGGAAGACGACGUUGCUAAAGAUGCUGGCCACUCGGAGCCUGAGGGUUCCAGCCCACAUUUCCCUGCUGCAUGUGGAACAGGAAGUUGCUGGAGAUGACACCCCUGCCUUGCAGAGUGUUCUGGAAAGCGACACCGUACGGGAAGACCUGCUACGGCAGGAGCGGGAGCUCAGUGUCAAGAUUGCUGCUGGCAGGGCAGAGGGCUCAGAAGCUGCACAGUUGGCAGAAAUCUAUGCCAAACUGGAGGAGAUUGAGGCCGAUAAGGCACCUGCCAGAGCAUCGGUCAUUCUCGCAGGACUUGGUUUCACUCCUAAAAUGCAACAACAGCCUACCAGGGAGUUCUCCGGCGGCUGGAGGAUGAGAUUGGCCUUAGCCCGGGCUCUGUUUGCCAGGCCAGAUCUCCUGCUGCUAGAUGAACCCACAAACAUGCUGGAUGUAAGGGCCAUCCUGUGGUUGGAGAAUUACCUGCAGACGUGGCCCUCCACAAUCCUAGUUGUCUCUCAUGACCGCAACUUCCUGAAUGCCAUUGCCACAGACAUCAUCCACCUGCAUAGCCAACGACUCGAUGGUUACCGAGGGGACUUUGAAACCUUUAUCAAGAGCAAGCAGGAACGGCUACUCAAUCAGCAGCGCGAGUAUGAGGCCCAGCAGCAGUACCGCCAGCACAUCCAGGUCUUCAUAGACCGCUUUCGGUACAAUGCCAACAGAGCGUCUCAAGUGCAGAGUAAACUCAAGAUGCUGGAGAAGCUACCUGAGCUAAAGCCGGUGGACAAGGAGUCAGAGGUGGUGAUGAAGUUCCCUGAUGGCUUCGAGAAGUUCUCCCCACCAAUUCUGCAGCUAGAUGAGGUGGAUUUCUACUAUGACCCUAAACACGUCAUCUUCAGCCGCCUGUCUGUCUCUGCUGACCUUGAGUCUCGCAUCUGCGUGGUUGGAGAAAAUGGGGCUGGGAAGUCUACUAUGCUAAAGCUGCUCAUGGGGGACCUGACUCCUGUUCGAGGUAUCAGGCAUGCCCACAGGAAUCUGAAGAUAGGCUAUUUCAGCCAGCACCAUGUGGAACAGCUAGACCUGAAUGUCAGCGCUGUGGAACUCCUGGCUCGAAAGUUCCCUGGGCGGCCUGAAGAGGAAUAUCGACACCAGUUGGGUCGGUAUGGCAUCUCUGGGGAACUGGCCAUGCGCCCUGUUGCAAGUUUAUCUGGGGGCCAGAAGAGCCGGGUAGCCUUUGCUCAGAUGACCAUGCCUUGCCCCAACUUCUACAUUCUGGAUGAGCCCACAAACCACCUGGACAUGGAGACAAUUGAGGCUUUGGGCCACGCUCUCAACAACUUCAGGGGUGGCGUGAUUCUGGUAUCCCAUGACGAGCGCUUCAUCCGGCUGGUGUGCCAGGAGCUGUGGGUGUGUGAGAAAGGCAGUGUGACCCGGGUUGAGGGAGGAUUUGACCAGUACCGUACCCUCCUCCAAGAACAGUUCCGCCGGGAGGGCUUCCUCUAGAGCCCCGACUGAAUGAGGACCGCCUAGGACAUGGACUGGUCGCGAGACCCCUGAGCUACCGCAUAGGCAGCCAGCUCCAGACCUGGGACUUUCCCUGUUUGGGGACAGCCUUAUUUCCCAGAUUUCUUUUCCUUUCAACUGGAGCAUCCUCUGCACAGUGUGGGGAGGCCUAUCGAAGGGCUUGUGGGGACAGCUCUGAUGGAAAGGGUAGGGGUGCCAUCUGGGGUUAUAAGUACCGUAAUGCCCAGCUUGACAGGACCCCACAUGGCUGCUAUGUAAAUUAAAUAUCCUCCUGUA